UAAGCCUAAUAAUAAAUUUUGGUAAGCCCAAAUUGAAGAAGAAGAAGAAAGAAUCUACAACAUCGCUUGCUCGGUGGUGCAGUAAAAAUGGCGUGUGUGCAUGACCAUAGCUGUGAAGACCAUGAUUGUUCCUCUGAUUGGUCUCUCUACAAACACAUUGAUCUCGAAAAGGUAUCUGCUUUGAAUGAAGCAACUCCUGGUAGUGUUAAAUCAGUUUUCAAAGCUUGGGAACACCGUUUGAAUACUUCUGGGGAACACUUGGAAAGCAAUGAGGGUGAUCCUGAGUUAAUUGUAUUCAUUCCAUUCACUUCGGACGUAAAGAUUAAGAGCAUAUCCAUAGUUGGCGGAGCUGAUGGAACAAGCCCUUCCAAGAUGAGAGCGUUCAUCAAUAGAGAUGGCAUUGACUUUUCAGAUGCACAAAGCAUGCAAGCCAUUCAGGAAUGGGAUUUGGCUGAGAAUUUGCAAGGAGUAUUGGAAUACCAGACAAGGUAUUCUAAAUUUCAAGGUGUGGGAAAUAUUACAUUGCACUUUCCUGAUAAUUUUGGAGGUGACACUACCAAAAUACACUAUAUUGGCCUUAAAGGCGAAGCUACUCAGUUAAAGAGGGAUGUCGUUGCCACUAUUGUUUACGAGCUUAUGCCAAACCCUUCUGAUCACAAGACACGUGCUGAAAGCGGUGGAGGUCUUUCACAUGUCGGGUGAAAAUACACGAAUGGUUUUAUUUUGUUACUGGAUAACACUACCUCUCGGGCGCAAAAGAAUACAGUUGGAUAGCUAGAAAAUAUCAUGCCAUGAAAUAAUUUGGUCCCGGAGUCGAUGUAAGUUACAUAUGAAAUUCUGUGGCUAGAUACUUGUUGAUCUGGACGAUGAAUAUUGUUAUGUUAUGUUAUGUUAUGUGAUGAGUUAUAACAAUAUAAAUACCUUUGUAGAUCAAUGGAAACACUAAGCAUUAUAAAUUUGAUUAAAUUCGUUUCUCUAUACCAUUGAAAGAA